AUGGAAGGAGGUGAGAAUGAACCGUUGCUCGAAAUUAACCCGUCAGUCCCCAUAAUCCCUAAUCAAGACCACGAGACGACAUCUUCAGCUAUCGUAAUGGAAGGAGGUGAGAAUGAACCGUUGCUCGAAAUUAACCCAUCAGUUCCCAUCAUCCCUAAUCGAGACCACGAGACAACAUCUUCAGCUAUCGUAAUGAAAGGAGGUGAGAAUGAACCGUUGCUCGAGAUUGAAAAUGUUAAUACAUAUUGUAGUACGAAUAUAGAAAUCCAAGUAGAGUUUGUGGGUAAGGUUUACUGUGAUGUCAUUUCUUCUUCAGAAGGUUGUUUUGGGACAAUUUACGAGGUCCGAGAAGAUUUAUUUUGUGGCUACCUACGCAAGAAGAAAUCAUUUUUUAUCUCUUUCAAUAGGGAAAAAUGUGAAGUUGUUUGUAGUUGUCAUAUGUUUGAAUUCCGGGGUAUUCUCUGUCGACAUUCAAUUGUAGUCCUUAUCCGUAAUGACGUCUUUAGACUUCCUGAUCAAUAUAUAUUACAUAGAUGGAGAAGAGAUGUCAGGAGACCAUACACGAGGAUUGCUUUGAAAUAUGACGGAUUGAGGAAUUCUCCGGGACAAUUGAGGUACGACAAUUUGUGCACAGCUUUUGCCAAGGUCGCAGACCUUGCUGCAGAAGAUGAAGUUUGA